AUCUUCUUUCAAGUAAAUAGAAAUUGGGGGGAAAAUAUACAGGGUCUAAUAAUUCUGACUUCAACUGAAUAUUAUAGAAAAACCAACUAUCGCCAUGUCCAUUUUAUUUUACCCAUAUCAUGCAGCCCUAUAUGCACACAUUUUUUGUGGUUUAUUUCAGCUAGAGUGUUUGUUUGUCUGGUGAUCUCUCCUCACUUUUGUGAAGUUGUAGUUUUUGUGGUGAAGAAGGUCUUUCGUUUCUCUUGUCCUCUUGCACUGCACAUAUAGAGCAGCAAUUUAAUGACAUAAUGUUCAGACCCUCAACACACACCGCAUUCGUUUGAUGCUUUAUACUCACGUCUUGUCUUUGUUCGAUUGUUUAUCACAGGAGAAGGAAUUGGAGGCCAGUAAGAAGGAAAAAGUCAAAGAGGUCAAGCUGGAGGCAGAGGUUAAGAUGCUAAAGAAGGAAAACGAGGCCCUCCGAAGGCACAUUGCUGUGCUGCAGGCUGAGGUUUAUGGAGCCAGACUGGCAGCCAAAUACCUGGAUAAGGAGCUGGCUGGACGGGUACAGCAGAUCCAGUUGCUUGGGCGAGACAUGAAAGGACCAGCUCAUGAUAAACUGUGGAACCAGCUUGAAGCAGAGAUUCACCUGCACCGCCACAAAACAGUGAUUCGAGCCUGCAGGGGGCGCAACGAUCCCAAGAAACCCUUGCCAUCACCUGUAGGCCAUGUAAGAGCACAUUUAGUUAAUGCACUUUAAUUUAGUGAUAUUAAA